AUGACUAGGUGGUUCAAUGCUAGACGUAGAAAGUCUUCUAAUUGGCGCGGGAGUCUGCCACCGGAGGUGGCGAAGGUUAUGAAAGAACACAUGGAAGAGGUUAAAGGUAGUCAUGUGAACCAGAUAUCUAGUUGGACUUUUGAGGUUGUUGGUAAAUUUGGUGACCGUAACACAGUCCUACUUAGCGAGAAGAGAUGUUCGUGUAAGAAGUUCGACAGGCUGCAAAUCACGUGUGGCCAUGCUAUGCUCGCCGCUGACACAGUCGGAGUCCUUCCAAGUACUUUGGUGGGCCUUUGGAACAAGCCUGGUGCCUGA